UUCAUGGCGGACCUGUGCUAAUGUACACUUGCCUUGGAGUAUGUUGUGGAAUCAUGCGGUCCGAGCGAUGAAGUGAGGCCUUCCAGCGGGGCGGUAUGUUCAUGCUGUGAUGUACAAUGUGUACAUGUGCGACCAUUCUCUGCUGAUCUGGGGCUUAUUCGGAACCUUGUCUUUGGCGCUUCCGUUUGACAUGCUCAGUCAUUCCUCAGAUGAACAAUCCUUGAUCCCCAUCCAGGAUGGAGGAUGUCAUCAAUUGGUGCCUUCCAGCCCCUUGAUCUGCGAAUUCUGCAUCAAAUUUUCUACCACGGGUCGUAAAUGCAUCCUACACUGCUGUGGUAUUUCACGUCGCGCACAACCGCCUCUAUGUUGUCGCAGUCCAGCGCAGAUAAAUGGGCAGGCGCUUUGACUAGCACGGUCAGCAGUUCUGUCUGUAGCUGCUCGUACGACAAUGCUGGCGACCUUUAACGUCGUACAAAGCCGUGCCUUGACCGAUUCCUCGCGCGA